AUGUCACAGGCUAAGGGGAAGAAAGCGGCACCCAAAGCUGAUAAGAAUAACUUCUUUGGACACAAACCGCUCGCUGCAACAGAAACCGCGCAAGCCAUGCUUGCCGCCGCGCAAGAUGGCGCCGACAGCCCAGAUGCAAGCUCUCACUUGACACAGCGGGACGAGAUACCACAGACUGGACACCUCACAAUAACUCACUUCGAACGGGCAAUGGAAGCAAUGUCAGCAAAACUGAUACGAACCUGGCAAUCCACAGCCGACCAAAUAAAAAAUGAAGUCAGAGAACUCUCCAACAGAACAGCCUCAGUGGAAAAUGACUGCCAGGACCUAAAAACCGCACAAACCGGAAUCUCCGAAAACUUACUUACCUUACAGCAAAGAAUGGAGGCCAUGGAAGGUAAACUGGCAGACUAUGAGGAUAGAGCUCGGAGGAAUAACCUACGGCUAAGAGGGGUUCCAGAAUCGGUCCAACCGGACGACCUACAACUGUACGUCAGGGGCCUGAUGCACGCCUAUGCCCCAGACAUCCCCUCAGACAUGCUGCUGGUCGACAGAGUCCACAGAGUCCCCAAACCAAAGCACCUACCGGACUCCGCGCCUCGCGACGUGGUACUCAGAGCACACUACUACCACAUUAAAGAACUUGUGCUCCGGGCCCACCGCAGCAGACAAGAGCCGCACGAGGACUAUCCAUCAGUGCUGAUCAUGGCGGACUUAUCAGCCGCAACGCUGAGGAGGAGAAGAGACUUCCAGCAAGUCACAACGGAACUAAGGGACCGAGGCAUCCGCUACAGAUGGGGCUUCCCCACAAAACUUAUACUGACGAAGAAUGGAGAAACGAAACUCUUCUCACGACCAGAAGACGCCAUGAAUGAACUGGCGAGAUGGAGCCCGCGUAGCAAACAGAGUGCCCCACCUGCAUCCUCGGCCCACGGGCGCAAAUCCACGCGAACUGACCGAAUGGACUAA